AACUGGUUAGAAGUUAAGUCGAGGCUGCUCCCUGUUUUGUUUUCCACACAUUCCAUCGUCCCACACGCUUUUUCUUUGAUACUGCAGCUACAAAACAAAGUUUUGUCUCGGUGAAAGAUGCUUUUAUUUCACUCGCCCGCAAAGCAGAACUGUUUAUUAGCCAGUUUCUUCAAUCCAGUUCAUUAUUGCUUCAAAAGUAUGAAUUCAUAGAACCAAAAACAUAACAAUGUACAGCCAACAUGAGUCCUUUUCAAGUCUCUUCCAUGUGUAAAAUACUAAAAAGUAUGCAUAACUCAAGUACCUCCUUUCAGCUUCAUUUGAAGGUAAUAUUUAUUUUCCUGUGUGUAAAACUGUAUUUUCAGAAAUAGCUUAUGUUAGCUACACUGCAGACUUUAACACGGUGCAAAAAUGUCUGACUUUAUGAAGUGAAUAAACUCACAAGGUAUUUACUGUAACACACCUCUCACCCAAGCGUGAGCGCCGGCAACACAUUCCAGUUCAAUCAAGUUCCAUUGGAAGCAAUUAAAAGCGUGAACUAAUGAAUUGGCAUGCUGUGCUGUAGAUGCUGUUCAACAGCUUUUUAGGCUCUGAUGGUGCAAUGGACAUGCUUCUCUUCUCCCGGAUUAAUCGCUUUUAAUCCACAGUGCGGCUCGGGUGACGGACAUAAAGCAGCGGUGCAGCGUCCGGUGCUGGUAGAAUGAGUCUUCUUCAAGGGACGGAAGCCCAACAGUUUAACUGCAAAAAAAAUUACCUUUUGCCUCUCCAACGGAGGUCCAAGCAGGCCCCCGACCUCUGCAUCCUCAUCACCUUCAUCAGCACCAGUCUCAUCAGUCCAGGUAUCCCUCAAACACAUCCAGGUCCGUGUCCGUGUCGUAAGGGAGGGAUGCCGGGUCAGACAGAACCCCUAGGUCCACCAGGGCCUGAUCCAUAUCCUCUGGCAGAAAUACUAUCCCCACAUUCAGGACUAUGUACUCCAUGAGGAAGGCAUAGUAGAGGAUGAGAACGUUCACAAAGAAUAGGCCCAGAUAAAACAUAUAGGGGUGCUCGUCCAAAAGCGAUUCCACUGAAUCUAACUGUGCAUGAAUUGCGUGUGUCAUAAGAGAAACAAAGCCACGAUUCAGGCGCUGCGGUGCACAACUUCUGUUGUCAUUGAUCCGCACACGUAUCUGCCAAAGCCAUCUUUGUCCGUCCCGACCGGACCGGAAAAGUGAUAAAUACUACGAUGUGUGAACAUUUACGACGGGUAAAGACAAUAAAACGCGUGUGCGUAUAAAAGCUUCACGAUCAUAGCUACCAAUAAACAAUAUCAUGAUAUCACUAUAGCUACCCUUAGCUUCACAUUGAUAUCACCUUAGCUUCACAUUGCUUAUUAGCGGAAUUCAAGUCAUGGCAACUAACCGAAGCUAAAAAGAGUAUCGAUUAAAAAAUAAAAAACAUUAACAAAGUACAUACAGAAAUUCUAUGUGUAUUGUGUCCAUUCGAACCUUGAAUAGUAUUCCCCAGAGAAAAAAUACACGUCUUCGUUCUUUAACCACCACACAUAUGUUCUCAACAUUUUUAGCAACUGUAUCAAAACAUUGCGGACCGCAGCAAGUGACGCCCGUAGCUUUUGAUUGCGGAUUGGUUCGCUGAUCAACAACUUGUAUUCUGAUUGGUUGUGUAAGAUGUCAAUCAGUAUUGCAGUCGGUUCUUUGUCACGUGCUAAAUACGUCAACAACAAGAGGACGUAGUGUAGUUUUUACACGUUAACUUUUGCAUACACGCUCACAUAGAAAAACUACAACUCCCAGAAAUCUCACACACGCGCGGCCGCAAUUACGUAACGAUUCUUCAUUCCAUCUCGUCGCAGCCUAUAGCCGUCUGUGUGCUAAGUAGCUACCCCACCAAAAGUGGGUGUAAUGGACAGAUGCAGACGCUACUAACAUCAGCGAAAUAAAAGACCUGCCAAAGCGUCAGCGCCCUUGCAACCGCAGCCAUGUUUGGCAGGUCACGGAGCUGGGUUGGGGGACAGGGGAAAUCGAAAAAUAUCCAUUCCUUGGACCAUUUAAAGUACAUGUAUCAUGUCUUGACCAAAAACACCACAGUGACAGACCACAACCGGAACCUCCUGGUGGAGACUAUCCGCUCCAUCACAGAGAUCCUCAUCUGGGGGGACCAGAAUGACAGCUCUGUGUUUGACUUCUUCCUGGAGAAGAACAUGUUUGCCUUCUUCCUGAACAUCCUGCGACAGAAGUCGGGUCGCUAUGUAUGUGUUCAGCUUCUUCAGACCCUGAAUAUACUCUUUGAGAACAUCAGCCAUGAGACGUCUCUGUAUUACCUCUUAUCAAACAACCACGUGAACUCCAUCAUCGUCCACAAGUUUGACUUUUCCGAUGAGGAGAUCAUGGCCUACUACAUCUCCUUCCUCAAGACGCUGUCACUCAAGCUCAACAAUCACACCGUGCAUUUCUUCUACAACGAGCACACUAAUGACUUUGCCCUGUACACCGAGGCCAUUAAGUUCUUCAACCACCCUGAAAGCAUGGUCCGCAUCGCGGUCCGCACCAUCACGCUCAACGUCUACAAAGUGGACAACCAGCACAUGCUGCACUACAUCCGAGAUAAGACGGCGGUGCCGUAUUUCAGCAACCUGGUCUGGUUCAUCGGCAGCCACGUCAUCGAACUGGAUAAGUGCGUGCAGACCGAUGAAGAGCACAAGAACCGAGGCAAGUUAAGCGACUUGGUCGCCGAGCACCUCGACCACCUUCACUACCUGAACGACAUCCUCAUCAUCAACUGUGAAUUCCUCAAUGACGUUUUGACCGACCACCUCCUCAACCGCCUCUUCUUACCCCUUUAUGUGUACUCAUUGGUCAGCCAUGAAACAUCUGAUGAGCGAAAGAUCAACCCUCAGGUGUCCCUCUACCUGCUCUCUCAAGUGUUUCUGAUCAUCCACUAUCAGCCCCUCGUCAACGCCCUGGCCGACGUGAUCCUUAACGGAGACCUGUCCGUCUUCAUCCCGCAGAUGGACCUUCAUAGCACACACAAGAACACGGCAAGUUCAGGAGGGGUACGGCGUUUCACCAAGCCCCCAGAGUCUUUGGAGCGCUCGCUGGAGCUUUCUCGCCACCGUGGUCGCAAAAGGACCCAAAAGAGACCGAACUACAAGAACCUGGGCGAAGAGGAUGAUGACGGGGUUGCUGGGGGAGCACAAGGAGGAGGAGGAGCAGGCGGCGGCGGUGGUCGGGAAGGCGGAGAGGAGGGCUGGGACGAUAACAGCAGCAGAGGAGGAGAGGGAGGCCGAGAGAGGGAGAAGGGAAAAGGUACAGAUCUUGUAGGAGCAGGUGGGAGUUCUAAGGGAAGCAGAGCGAGUGGGGAUGCGGCGGAAGAGAUCGAGAUGGUGGUGAUGGAGACGUGUAAAGUGACGGAGCUGACCGAACAGAACAUCACGGAUGAAGAGAAGACCGCAGCAGCCACCCGCUCACACACGCAAAGAAGCAGGCCGUUCUUAGACAUGGUGUACAGCGCCCUGGACUGCACUGAUGAUGACUACCAUGCCCUGUUUGUACUCUGCCUGUUAUAUGCGGUUUCACACAGUAAAGGUAUAAACUGCGAUCUUCUAGAGAGGCUGCAGCUGCCGGUUCCCGACCAGGAACGAAGCUCUUACAGUUUAGUGCUUGCAGAGAGGCUCAUCAGAGUAAUGAGCCAGGCAGCACAGCCAGAUGGCAGGGUGCGCCUUGCUACCCUGGAGCUCAGCUGCCUUUUGUUAAAACAAUCAGUGUUGUCUGGAAGUCAGUGUAUAAUCAAAGACGUUCAUCUGGCCUGUCUGGAGGGAGCGAGAGAAGAAAGUCUGCACUUACUCCGGCGAUUCUACAAGGGUGAGGAGAUCUUUCUGGACAUGUUUGAAGAUGAGUACAGGAGCAUGACAAGCAAACCACUGAAUGUGGAGUAUUUAAUGAUGGACGCCUCCAUACUGCUGCCACCCACCGGCACGCCUCUGACUGGCAUCGAUUUUGUCAAGAGGUUGCCUUGCGGCGAUGUGGAGAAGACGCGCAGGGCCAUACGUGUGUUCUUCAUGCUGCGAUCGCUAUCACUGCAGCUUCAAGGAGAACCGGAGACUCAGCUGCCUCUGACCAGACCCGAGGACCUCAUCAAGACCGACGACGUCUUAGACCUCAAUAACAGCGACCUAAUAGCGUGUAUGGUGGUCAGCAAAGAUGGCUGCCAGGCUCAAAGGUUCCUAGCGGUCGACGUCUACCAGAUGAGUUUGGUUGAACCAGAAACCAAACGCCUCGGAUGGGGUGUUGUGAAGUUUGCUGGCCUGUUGCAGGACAUGCAAGUGUCUGGCGUUGAAGAUGACAGCAGAGCUUUAAACAUCAUCAUACAUAAGCCCAGCUCCAACCCUCACGCUAAGCCGCUGCCGAUCCUGCAGGCCAACUUCAUCUUUGCAGACCACAUCCGCUGCAUUAUCGCUAAGCAGAGACUGGCCAAAGGUCGCAUCCAAGCCAGACGCAUGAAAAUGCAAAGAAUUGCAGCUUUAUUGGACCUGCCUGUUCAGCCCAGUACGACGGAGGUGCUUGGUUUUGGUCAGACAGCCAACGCUUCCCCCAGCGGCCUCCCUUUCCGCUUUUACGAGCAGUCGAGACGAGCGCCCAAUGACCCCACGGCCAGCAGAGCCGUCUUCGCCUCAGUUGAUAAAGUCCCAGGCUUUGCGGUAGCACAUUGCGUGUCGCAACACAGUCCCUCGCCUCUGUCCUCCCCGUCUACUCCCUCCAGUGGAAGUGGGAGCACAGGAAGAUGCGACUCGGUUACCGCAAGUUCAAUUUCAGCUCAGAGCCCCACAGAUGAUGGCACAUUCUUGGAGCAUACCCCUCCCGCCUCAUCAUGCGGAGAAGUGGUGGAGGGAGGUGUCGGGGACGUAACCCCCGCCCCCUCCACCCAAACCCCAGCACCGACCCUGGCUCCUAGCCUCACCCCGGCUUCCCAACCCACCAUCUCCCUCCUCACGGACAGCAACGCCGACACCCUGAGCGUGGAGUCCUUAACGCUGCUCCCCCCUGCCGACUCCCCGCACCUCCACCCAUGUGCCGGCCACCUCCCCGCCACGCUCUCCUUCCUCCAGAGACUAGACGAGGAGAGUGAUGUAGAACAAAGAGAUGAAGACGGUUCUCCAGUGGAGGAUGCAACAAUCCAAGAAGAAACCACAGAGUUUGUGACACCGACUGAUGAAGAACCGGACUCCGCGGAGAGGAACUCACCUCAGGGGGACGCUGUAAACGACCCAGAAGAUGCGCAGAAACCGUCAGAUUCACCGGAUUCCCCUGAACUAGACUGACAACACACCCAAUCCAGUUCGGAUGCAGUGUGUUGUCAUGGAGACACGGCACUCCCUCGUGGAACUCAACGAAGUCUCAAAGCACAUUUGGAUUCAUCUGUCACACAUACAGGAACAUUUUUUUAAUCACUCCUCGGAUCGUCGAACCAGCAGCGUUUUUUUUUUUUAAUCGAUGUGAUUAA